AUGACUUGGUUCCUCUUUCAGGUUUCUGAUGAAUACAAGCUUGUUCCAGACACACUGCAUCUCACUGUUUCUGAUGAAUACAAGCUUGUUCCAGACACACUGCAUCUCACUGUUAAUAUCAUCGAUCGUUUCCUCUCUCAAAAUUAUAUUGAAAGGCAGAGAUUGCAACUCUUGGGCAUUAGUUGCAUGUUAAUUGCAUCAACAUACGAAGAAAUUUGUGCUCGUAUAGAAGAAUUUUGCUUUAUUACAGACAACACAUACACCAAAGAAGAGGUGCUAAAAAUAGAAAUUCAAGUACUGAACCUUUUGAGCUUUCACAUCUCUGUGCCCACUGUAAAAACAUUUCUAAGGAGAUAUAUUCGAGCAGCACAUACAUCAUACAAGGUUUCCCCCCAAGCCCUGAGUCAUCUGGCCAAUUACUUAGCAAAUCUAACAUUGGUUGAGUAUAGCUUCAUAAAGUUUAUUCCUUCAGUCAUAGCUGCAUCUGCUAUGUUUCUUGCGAGAUGUACAUUGGAGCAGUCUGACCAUCCAUGGAAUAGUACUCUGGAACAUUAUACCUCUUAUAAGGCUUCAGAACUCAAAGCUACAGUUCUCUCAAUGCAAGAGUUACAGUUCUCAACUAAGUGUACACCAGCUUGGUAAUUUUAUAGAAUAACUAUCCUAGACGAAAAUCAAGCUAUCCUAGACGGAAAAUUCCGUCUAGGAUGCUUGAUUUUUUACUAGUGAACGUGUCAAUGAUGCAUGCUUCUAUAAUAUUUUAAGAAUAUAGGUGAAA